GGCCCCUUGAUGUUCAAUACUCAUUCACCACCAAUUCGAAGAACUUGCCAUGGCUACAUUUCAAUCUUUCUUAGUCUGUAUCACCGUUUUAGCUGCCAUGGUUAUAACACCAUCAUCUGCACAACUAAAUGCUUGUUUCUACGACAACGUCUGCCCUCAGGCACUUCCAAAAAUCAGAGAAAUUGUCCGUCAAGCUGUCAAAGAUGAACCGCGUAUGGGAGCUUCUCUACUGCGUUUGCACUUCCACGAUUGCUUUGUUAACGGUUGCGAUGGUUCAGUUCUGCUAGAUGACACGUCGACCUUCACCGGUGAGAAGACAGCCGUACCAAAUGCCGGAUCAAUCAGAGGAUUCGAAGUGAUUGACAAGAUCAAAGCAGCUGUCGACAAAUCUUGUAAGAAAACUGUUGUCUCAUGCGCUGAUAUAUUAGCCGUUGCAGCUCGUGAUUCUGUAUACCUUCUAGGAGGUCCUUCUUACGAGGUACAACUGGGCAGAAGAGAUGCAACAACAGCAAGCGCGAACGAUGCGAACAGAAACCUGCCUCCCCCAUUUUUCAGCUUCUCACAGCUUCUAUCUAGCUUCCAAUCUCAUGGUCUUGACCUCAAAGACUUAGUUCUCCUCUCAAGUGCUCACACCAUUGGACAAGCUCGGUGCACUACCUUCAAAGACAGGAUUUACAAUGAUACCAACAUAAACGCCAACUUUGCAGCUUCUGCUAAACAAAACUGCCCACGAACUGGUGGAGAUAACAAUUUACGGCCACUUGAUGCAACCCCGAAGAAAUUCGACACAACGUAUUUUAGUUCCUUGUUGAAAUCAAAGGGCCUCCUUCACUCUGAUCAAGAGUUGUUCAAAGGCGAUGGAAGUGACAGUGAUAAGUUGGUGCAACACUACAGCACAAGCCUAUAUGACUUUUGGAACGACUUUUCGGUUUCAAUGAUCAAGAUGGGUAAUAUUAAGCCUCUUACUGGAAAUGCUGGUGAAGUAAGAGUCAACUGCAGGAAGAUCAACUGAUAACAUAAACUUUAUCCUCAUUCCUCAGAAAAAAUAGAGGAUCUAUCGUCUUUGUGUUCAUGAUUGUAAAACUAUUUUGAUUCUUGUCAAAAAUAAAAACUUUCUUUGAAUUGCAAAUUAUGAAUGUGAAUACCCCUUUCUCUUAUUCCCUCAAUUUUAAUCUAGAAG